AUGGCAGCACCUUCUCUGCCCAAACGUGAAGAGGGUAUUCUUGCACCACUGUUUACUCCUUCAGACGCAGAAGUGGUCCCCGAACAGUAUAUCGUGGUAUUCAAAGACGAAACAACUACAGAAAAAAUCACUUGUCACCACAAUGUCGUCCGAGAUAUGGUGAACGAAGAGAGAAAGGCAAAGCGAGGGUUUAUGGCUAAACUUAUAUCUGGAAUCAGAUACACUUAUGACAUUAAGGAUUUCAAAGGCUACGCUGGUAGAUUUUCAGAUGAUGUGCUAAACAAGAUCAGAGAGAGUGAUGAAGUCGCUUACGUCGAGAGAGAUCAGGUUGUCUAUUCUCAAGAACUUCAACUCAAUGCCCCUUGGGGGCUGGCCCGCAUAUCUCAUCGUAAUGCCUUAACGUUUGGUACUUUCAACAAGUAUCUAUUCGACUCAACUGCUGGCGAAGGUGUUACCGUUUACAUAGUCGAUACUGGCGUCAACAUAAACCAUACCGAUUUUGGCGGCCGUGCUAAAUGGGGUACAACUGUCCCAGAUGGUGAUGAAGACGUCGAUGGUAACGGGCAUGGAACUCAUGUCGCUGGUACCAUUGCUGGAAAACGAUAUGGUGUUGCCAAGAAGGCUAAUGUUGUGGCCAUUAAAGUUUUGAGAUCAAACGGCUCGGGAACUAUGAGUGACGUAAUCAAGGGGGUAGAAAUGGUUGCUGAAUACCAUGAAAACGAAUCCGACAACGCUCGAAGAAAUGGAAAACCGUUCAAGGGUUCAGUUGCUAACAUGAGUUUAGGAGGAGGCAGAAGCAGGUCUUUGGAUUCUGCUGUCAAUGGAGCCGUCGACGUUGGAGUUAACUUUGUCGUAGCUGCAGGCAACGAUAACCGUGAUGCUUGUGACUCAUCGCCAGCAGCCGCUGAAAAUGCAAUCACUGUUGGCGCUUCAACUAUCGAAGACGAACGUGCUUGGUUCUCCAAUUAUGGUAGAUGUGUCGACGUUUUCGCUCCAGGAAAGGACAUCUUGUCAGCUUGGAUUGGUUCCAACACUGCUACGAACACAAUCUCUGGCACAUCUAUGGCAUCUCCCCACGUGGCCGGCCUUGCAGCAUAUUUACUUGGCUUGAAACCAGAAUUCACGUCGGACUUUGUUACUUCCCCACCAACUCCAAAGCAAGUUACCGGCUGGAUUGUCAAGCACGCUACUUCGGGCGCUCUCGACAAAAUUCCUGCAAAUACACCCAACCUUCUGGUUUUCAAUGAGUUUGAUCCUCUAGCAUAA